AUGGCAGAUCAAGGUGUUUUUCUGAACAAAAGUUGGGGUUUUGGUGGGAGAGCGAUGGAGGACAAAGAGUUUGAUGAAGAAGAUGUGUGGAGUGUAAACAAUGAGAGGGUUGAGUCUGGUCCCAAAACAACAAGGGCAUGCAAGGAAUCUUCUGGUUCUUCCUCUGCAUGGCGCCUACCAUCUGCUCCAAGGAAGAUUCCAAGGGCUAAUACUGCUUCUGAUGCUUCAUUGGUUCAAGGGUCUUCAGCUCCUAUGGACAUCCCUGACUGGUCAAAAAUUUAUGGGAAGAAUUGCAAGAAGGGAUCAAGGGAUGAUGGAGUAUGCAACAAGGGUGAUGAUGAGGAUGAUGACAUGGUUCCUCCACAUGAAUGGAUUGCUAGGAAGCUUGCAAGGAGCCAGAUUUCAUCUUUUUCUGUAUGUGAAGGGAUGGGAAGGACACUCAAGGGGAGAGAUCUUAGCAAAGUGAGGAAUGCUAUUCUCACCAAAACUGGCUUCAUUGAGUAG